AUGUUUUUACUUGAUUGGUUUUACGGCGUAUUGGCUUCCCUCGGGCUAUGGCAGAAAGAAGCUAAGAUCUUGUUCCUCGGCCUUGACAAUGCCGGCAAAACCACGCUCCUGCACAUGCUCAAGGACGAGAGGUUAAUACAGCAUCAGCCGACGCAAUAUCCGACCUCGGAGGAGCUGAGCAUCGGAAAGAUUAAGUUCAAGGCGUUUGAUUUGGGAGGCCAUCAGAUCGCCCGUAGGGUUUGGAAGGAUUAUUAUGCCAAGGUUGAUGCUGUGGUUUACCUGGUCGACUCUUAUGACAAGGAGCGUUUUGCAGAAUCCAAAAAGGAAUUAGACGCGCUCCUUUCUGACGAAUCCCUUUCAAAUGUCCCGUUUCUCAUUCUUGGAAACAAGAUCGACAUUCCAUAUGCUGCCUCGGAAGACGAGCUGCGUUAUCACCUCGGUCUAGCUGGCGUGACCACCGGAAAAGGGAAAGUCAACCUUUCUGAUUCAAACGUGCGCCCUUUGGAAGUGUUCAUGUGCAGCAUUGUUCGGAAAAUGGGAUACGGUGAUGGCUUCAAAUGGAUGUCGCAGUAUAUAAAAUAG